AUGACACAAGCACUCCCAAACCCUAAUACUUUGCUACCUUUAGAACUCGUAGACAAAUGUAUUGGAUCACGAAUUCAUAUUAUAAUGAAAAACGACAAAGAAAUGGUGGGAACGCUACAAGGCUUCGACGACUUUGUAAAUAUGUUAUUAGACGAUGUAACGGAAUAUGAAUCUACACCGGAAGGAAGAAAAAUUACUAAAUUAGAUCAAAUUCUUCUUAAUGGAAACAAUAUAGCCAUGUUGGUACCAGGAGGUGAAAUGCCCGGCGAAUCAUAUGAGGGACAAUAG